CUUUUCAAGAAAAUGGAACAAGGAAGCGAGAUAUACAACUUCAUCAAGGUGUGGCUCUCGGUCUUCGCCGCCCUGAGCUAUUGCUACGUGAUCGGCAAGAUCGCCCCCCAGGGCGGGCCGAGGCUCGUCUCCGUCCUCCCGGUCGUCGGCCUCUUCCUCCUCCUCCCUCUCUCCCUCUCCUCCGUGCACCUCGGCGGCAGCUCGGCCUUCUUCAUCGCCUGGCUCGCCAACUUCAAGCUCCUGCUCUUCGCCUUCGGCCGGGGCCCUCUGGCCUCCGACCCCUCCUCCAUCUCUCUCCCUCGGUUCAUCGCCCUGGCUUGCUUGCCCAUCAAGGUCCAACCCACCCGCCGAACCGACCCGUCACCGAGGACAGCCUCGAGGAACCAAGAAAACGCCGACCCGAUUCAGAAUGGCCGGGUCAAACACGACCCGAAUCCUCAAAAGCCCCGAAGGGGCCACAAAUCGCCCGUCAAUUACGGCAUCAAGAUCCUCCUUGUGGCGACCAUGCUCCGCAUCUAUGACUACAGCGACCGCCUCCCGCAGAAGGUCGUCUGGUUCCUGUACAGCUGCCACAUCUACUUCGGCCUCGAGAUCAUCUUGGCCGUCGCGGCCGCCGUGGCUCGCGCCGCGGUCGGCCUGGAGCUCGAGCCGCAGUUCGACGAGCCGUACCUGUCCACCUCGCUCCAGGACUUCUGGGGGCGGCGGUGGAACAUCAUGGUCUCCAGCAUCCUCCGCCCGGCCGUGUACGAACCCGUCCACGCGUGGGCCUCGCGCGCUGUCGGGAGGAGGUACGCGGCGCUGCCGGCGGUGCUGGGGACGUUCGCGGUGUCGGCCCUCAUGCACGAGCUCAUCUUCUACUACCUGGGGCGCGUGAGGCCCACGGGGGAGAUCACGUGGUUCUUCCUGUUCCACGGGGUGUGCCUGACGGUGGAGAUCGCCGUGAAGAAGGAGCUCAAGCUGGGCCUGCGGCUGCCGAGGCCGGUGGCGUCGGUGCUGACGGCGGGGUUCGUGAUGGUGACGGCGUUCCGGUGGUUCCUGCCGCCGCUGCUCCGGUGCAGGGUGGACGAGAGGGCGUUCGAGGAGUACGCGGCGGUGGGCGCGUUGGUCAGGGAGGUCGGGAGAGGGUUGGGGUUCACCUUGAGGGGAGCCCUCAACGCAUCAUCACUACUGGCCAAACCCUGACGUGCGUCCGUGACCAGACAA